AAAAGUAAUUAGCAUACAUGAGGAGAGGAGAAGUUGGCGACACGCUCGGGAGCGGAGAGGAGACUUCCAGGCGGAAAGUUUGCAGGGACGCGGCCGCUUCCGCCCGCCGCGUCGCUGGUCGUCCACUUCCUGCCUCUCCGCGGCCGCUUCCUGGCGAGAUGGAGGUGAACGCAGAUGAGAAACGACAUCGCACUCGCUCCAAAGGUAUCCGGGUGCCUGUGGAACCGGCGAUACAAGAGCUCUUCAGUUGCCCGACGCCAGGCUGCGAUGGGAGUGGGCACGUCAGUGGCAAGUACGCGCGGCACCGAAGUGUCUAUGGCUGCCCGUUAGCCAAAAAGAGGAAGACACAGGAGAGAUUGCCUCAGGGUCCUCCGACCAAGAAAAAGCCCUUCCUGGCUCGCGUGGACAACUCCUCGAUGGACGAGUGCUACGAGAGUGACGGUACAGAGGAGAUGGACGAAAAGGAAGAAGAGGAGGAGGAUGAGGACGAUGAAGAAGAGGAGGAGGAGGAGGAGGAGUACUCGGAGGACAAUGAGGAGCACGGCGAGCCAGAGGAGGGUGAGGAGGAGAGGGGGGAAGGGGAGGAGGUAGAACAGGAGGAGGGGGUGGAGGAAGAGGAAGAGGAAGCAGAGGAAGGGGAUGAGGAAGAGGAAGGAGAUGAAGAAGAGGAGGAUGAGGAAGAGGAAGAUUAUGAAGAACAUAGUCAGUAUCAAGAGGAUGCCCAGGCAAGUUGCAUCUACUCAAAGACUGGGAAUACCAUGGAGAAGGACGACAACAACAACGAAGAGUAUGAGAACUACGACGAGCUGGUGGCCAAGUCCCUGCUGAACCUGGGCAAGAUUGCAGAGGACGCAGCCUACCGCGCCAUGACCGAGUCGGAGAUGAACAGCAGCUCCUCCAACAGCGCCGAGGAGGAGGAUGACGACGAGGCGGAGAGGGGCACGAGAAAGGGCGAGUUGAGCCUGGACGUGGACAGUGAUGUCGUUCGGGAAACGGUAGACUCCCUUAAGCUGUUGGCGCAGGGGCAUGGCGCCAUGCUAUCUGAGAACCUCAAUGGGAGAGGCUAUGCAGACAGCACACUGGAUGGUGUGGAUGGGGGAGGAGCCUUGCACGGCAAGCCUACCAGCAAUGGACAGGCGGAGGAGAGCGAGGAGGAGGUGUGUCUUAGCAGUCUGGAGUGCCUCCGGAACCAGUGCUUUGACCUGGCGCGCAAACUGAGCGAGACACAGCCUGCCGAGCACCCCGGGCACACAUCGAACCCGCAGCCAGCCCCACAUCAACAGUCUGGCUAUGUCGACUGCCAUCAGGGGCAAGAGGAUCGCCGUGCUGCGGAGCGCAGCUACUCAGACAUGGUCAACCUGAUGAAGCUGGAAGAGCAGCUGAGCCCUGGGUCCAAAACUUUCUCCAGCUGCGCCAGGGAGGAUGGUUACCAUGACGAGGACGCCACUUCGGUGGCCUCGGACCGCUCCGAGGAGGUCUUCGACAUGACUAAGGGCAACCUGUCCCUGCUGGAGAAAGCCAUUGCCCUUGAGUCAGAGCGGGCCAAGGCCAUGCGGGACCGGAUGGCCACAGAGGCGUCCCGGCAUGAGCGGGACGUUCUAAGGAUGCAGGAGGACAGCGGCUCCAGACCCAGCUGUGCCGAGGAGCGCAAGGCACGGUUGCACGAUGGCAUGAAGAAGCCGUACUACCCUAAAGAUUCUUUGCGGGCGGAAAAGAAGGAGAGCCGGUGCCCCACACCUGGGUGCGACGGGACGGGUCAUGUGACUGGGCUAUACCCCCACCACCGGAGCUUGUCGGGGUGUCCCCACAAAGACAGGGUACCGCCAGAAAUUCUUGCAAUGUAUGAGAAUGUUCUUAAGUGUCCCACACCCGGCUGCACGGGACGCGGUCAUGUCAAUAGCAACAGGAACUCCCAUCGCAGCCUCUCCGGGUGUCCCAUCGCUGCUGCUGAAAAGCUGGCCAAGGCUCAGGAGAAGCACCAAACCUGUGAUGGCAGCAAGUCCAACCAGGCGUCCGAUCGCGUGCUGAGGCCGAUGUGCUUCGUGAAACAGCUGGAGAUCCCACAGUACGGCUACAAGAACAACGUGUCUACCACCACCCCUCGCUCAAACCUGGCCAAGGAGCUGGAGAAGUACUCCAAGACCAGCUUCGACUACAGCUCGGGCUACGACAGCAACCACAUCUACGGCAAGCGAGCCAUCGCGCCCAAAGUCCAGGGCCGGGACUCGUCCCCCAAGGGAUACGAUGCCAAGCGUUACUGUAAGAACUUGAGCCCGGCCAGCAGCACCACCAGCAGCUACGCCCCCAGCAGCAGCAGCAGCAGCAUCAGCUGCGGGGGAGGUGGAGGCGGCAGCAGCGCCAGCAGCACCUGCAGCAAGAGCAGCUUCGACUACACGCACGACAUGGAGGCCGCGCACAUGGCCGCCACCGCCAUCCUCAACCUGUCCACGCGCUGCCGCGAGUUGCCCCAGGGCCUGGCCAAUAAGCCACAGGACCUCUGCUCACGGAACCCCGACAUCGAGGUGGAUGAGAAUGGCACGCUAGACCUUAGCAUGAACAAGCAGCGCGGGGGCGAGCGUGACGGCUGUGCGGUGCUGACGCCGCUGGAGCCCAUGUCCCCGCAGAGGCAGGCCCUGCUCAGCAGCCGCUGCUACCAGAUGGGCGAGGCCGACUGCUGGGACCUGCCUGUUGACUACACCAAAAUCAAGCGCAUCGAUGAGGACGACCCCAAGGAGGCAGACGAUCUGGAUCCCUUCCACGACAUCCUGGAGGACCGGCAGUACCCGGGAGACGUCCAAGUGCCCAGCCCCAAGUCCAAAUACGCCCCUUGCAAGGAAAGCAAAAAGGACCUGAUAACUCUUUCUGGCUGUCCUUUAGCUGACAAAAGCAUUCGAAGUAUGAUGGCCACCAACUCGCAAGAGCUCAAGUGCCCAACGCCAGGGUGCGAUGGUUCGGGACACAUCACCGGGAAUUACGCCUCGCACAGAAGUCUAUCAGGGUGCCCGAGAGCGAGAAAGAGUGGGAUAAAAAUAACGCACAGUAAAGAGGAUAAAGAGGACCAAGAGCCCAUCAGGUGUCCUGUCCCUGGCUGCGAUGGGCAGGGUCACGUGACGGGGAAGUAUGCAUCUCACCGAAGUGCAUCAGGCUGCCCCCUGGCGGCCAAACGACAGAAGGACGGUUACAUGAAUGGCUCCCAGUUCACGUGGAAGUCCGGGAAGACGGACGGCAUGUCCUGCCCGACCCCGGGUUGUGACGGGUCGGGACACGUUAGUGGGAGCUUCCUAACACACAGGAGUCUGUCAGGCUGCCCCCGUGCGACUUCGGCCAUGAAGAAGGCCAGGAUGUCGGGCGUGGAGAUGCUAACAGUAAAGCAGCGGGCCAGCAACGGUAUAGAAAAUGAUGAAGAAAUUAAACAGUUGGACGAAGAAAUCAAAGAUUUAAAUGAAUCUAAUUCACAAGUGGAAGCAGAUAUGAUUAAACUUAGAACACAGAUUACCACAAUGGAGUCUAAUCUGAAGUCAAUAGAGGAAGAAAACAAGGUGAUUGAACAGCAAAAUGAGUCUCUCCUGCAUGAGCUGGCAACCCUCAGCCAGUCACUGAUAAACAGUUUAGCUAAUAUCCAGCUGCCACAUAUGAAACCAUCGCCACACAAAGAAGCUUCCCUUAGAAAUAACAGCUGUUUACAGUUGCAUCAGAGAGAGCCGAUAAAUGAGCAAAACUUUGACGCUUAUGUGACCACGCUGACAGACAUGUAUACGAACCAGGAUCAGUACCAGAGUCCCGAGAACAAGGCGCUGCUGGAGAACAUAAAACAAGCAGUGCAGGGAAUCCAGGUGUAGCCACGGCAACUGUGGCAAAAGCACUCCUCCAUGGAAGGCAGACGACAGACACACAAACGAGAAAUCACUAACAGUUAGACAAGGGGAAUGCCUCGUGGUUUGCUGCUGUAAUUUAUCAGACAGUAUUAAAGGUUCAUUUCCGUUAUUUAAAAAUACUAAAGUGUUAUGCUUUCAAAACUUCAUAAUGAUUUUUUUUUUGUCUUGUUUUAAAAAAUAGUUAACGGCAGACUAGUUUUUGAAAACAUUCACAUUUUGUACGUUUUCAUAUGAGCUGACCUAGUGCGAUGUAAUCUUUAUAGCUGCUACCGGAUGCACAUUUUUAGUGUAUAUAUCUGAACAGUAGGCCGAGAAAUACAAGACAGAUUCUUCUUAAUGCUUUGAUGAAGCAUUUUAGACUGGAGCUAAGAUGGAAGGUAGGUGAAAGAAAACAGACAGGAGAAAAUGAAGCUGGAGACCAGUUUUUAACAAUCUUUUUUCCUUGGAUGAUUUUAUGAGAUUUUAAAAAGAUGUUUUGUGCGCAGAUUGUCAAAUAGCGAGACUUGGUUGUAAAUUGCUUUAUUUUUUAACAAUGCUUGAAAAAAAUCUUUGUCUUUUGUUUAAAAUGGUUGGUAGUCGCAGGUGGGGGCAUUUAAAGAUGGUAGGCGAUGUAUAUGAAAAGUAACUGACUAGAUGUAUGAAUGUUACAGUUUUAUUGUAAACAUCAUGACACGGAAACUUAAUGGUGGCAAUCCCAGAAUCUAGAAAGGACUAUUUUCUGAUGUUUAAAACAAAAAAAAGGAAAAAAGAAAAAAAAAACACUUAACAUUCUGUGUUGUUAGAUUCCCAUCGUCAUUCAGUCAACAACUAUGUGAUGUUCAAUGGCAAUAGAAAAAUCUAGGUGUCAUGCUGACAUUAGAAUCAGUUCUUUUCAAUCUUGAAACUUCAGUAGCUAGAAUCGGACAAUGUUUCAGCAAUAUAUAAAGACUAAAUCACAUAUUUAUAGAUGUGGGAUGCAAUCUACAUAAACAGUUUGGGUAUAUGCAAUUUCUUAUUUAUAAACAUAGUGGAAAACUAAUGAAUCUUUUUACUAUAUGUAAAAUAUUAAUUUUUAUAUAAAUCUUUUAAUACAAAAAAAACAUUUUAAAAAAAUGAGACGUGGACAUUGAGUUAAAUGAAAGAACCUUUAUGAUUUGAUUUCCUUUAUGUAAUUUUGCACAGGAUCACCUUCGUUUCCAUGUUUUGAUGUUUUUACAGAAACUAAAGCAGUACGUGAGAGCCUAACAUGAGGAAAAGGGGUUUUGUAAAGAAACAAAAAAUUAUAUAUAGCUAUAGUUUAUGAACGCGGGACUAACAGGGUCACUGUCCCCAAAUUCGUGCCAGAAGAAUAUUUGCACUUGUCCAAUAGAUAUAAUCCUAACGUGUGGAGGUGUGCGAUUCGCAGGUGUCCGCAUGGCACACGACCGGAACAGUAGGAGACACUGUAGGUAAUCAAGAAGAACCACUGAUGGAUACUACAGGGAUUUUGAAUCGAAAUAUUAUGAAAAUAAUAAUAAUGGUACCAGUAAUAAUAUGAACUAUAAACCAUUGUUUUUCGUCAUUUUGGUUUGUAUUACGAACAAGGAGAAAUCAGCCCAGCAGCACUUUAUAUCUAAUCACUGUACAAAAUCAUUAAAUGGUAAAUAAUGGGGAAAAAAAAAAAGAUUUAAAAAAGGAAAAAAAAAAUAAAAGACUCCAGUUUCCCUAACAAAAUCUAUGGCUGGGAAAUGAACUCUGUAGUGAACUCUGGGGUUAUACAGAAUCAAGUCUGUGUGGCCCCCACUUUCUGUUGUGCUAUUGGUUGUAGCUACCAUGUUCAGAAUUGCCUUUUUGAGAGCUAACGCAAAGGUGCUUGUCCUUCACCAGAUCUCACGUAUUGUACUUUCUGCCAUCUUAUAGGGUCCCAUUCCUCCAUGACAGCAUUAGCCCUUUUUCCACAGCAUUGUGUCUGCAGCUUUUUGCCAGUAUAGUAAUGCUUUCAGUAGAGUAAUAGCUAGUAUCAGUUUUUGAAUUAAUUAUCGUUAUCAGUACAAUGGAAAGGGAAUUUAAGCACAAACUUGCUGCUCAUCUACUGUUGGUACAUAAUAUCAAAUUUUAAAAAAGUUAACUAUCUGUGACUAUUUACAUACGGAACACAAAAGGUGUCACAUAUUAGACUGAAUUUUCAUAUAAAUUAUUGUGAAUUCAUCAGAGUUUAUUUAUCCUAACUUCUUCAUUUUGAAGUUGAUUUAAGUAAUCAUUAAUGAAAACAGGAUUUUGUAUAAACUAUUGUGCUCUCUGUGGAACUGAAGUUUAAUUUAUUUUUGUACAACACAGCAUGGAUUUGUUGACAUUUUAAUUUUGCUAUAAAUGUGUGAGAUCACAAGUUGCUGUGAUAUUUCAUUUUUAAAUUGUGAACUUUGUACAAUUUUUGUCAUGCUGGAUGUUGACACAUCUUACUCUGAAUAAAGAAAAAAUUGUGUUGCCACAUA